UAUUUCUUUACUAGAGUAUAAGCAACAAUCGUUUUUAUAGUUUAAAUUUUAAAAAAUGAACGCACGAAAACUAAAACUUAUUCGAUUGAUGUUAUACUCCUUUUUAGAAAAACGAAAUUCUAAAUUAAGUUACAGAUACCAUUAUGCAAUUGCAUUCCUGAUAAUAUCGUGUUUAGCAGCAGCAUGUGUUACUUCCAUGUUCCAGUCUGAUCUGUUAGAAAAAAGUCAACUUUUCUUAGAAAUAUUCCUAUUAGCAAUUUUUAUUUUGGAAUUUGCACUCCGCGUAUUUGGCUCAGGAGCAACCGGAACAUAUGGAUCAAAUGGAGGGCUAAAAAAGUACCUGCAAAGACCACAUAUGAUUAUUGAUAUUACAGUCAUUGUGUCAUCAUUGCUUGUGGUUGUAUUAUUACAUAUAAACAUUAGCAUGCAGGUUAAAAGAAGAGCUUAUCUGUUGCAAAUGUUCAAAGUUGUGAGAUUGGAUAGGCACAGAGGAGCUUUUGCUUCAUUUAUAUUAGUGUUCAAAAAACAUCGUAACGAGUUAUUAACGUGCUGGUACAUGGGAUUUCUUGUGGUUUUAUUGCUCAGCUUUCUUGGAUUUGCCAUAGAAACAAAACACGAUAAUGUUAACGACCAUUUGUUUAACAGUUUUUAUUGGGGAGUGAUAUCGUUAACAACUAUUGGAUAUGGAGAUAUUGUUCCUGAAAAACCAGCAGCAAAAAUAUUAAUUUGUUUUUUUGCAUUAUUUGGCGCAUUAUUUCUUGCACUUCCCGCCGGAAUAAUUGGAUCAGGUUUUGCUCUACAAGUAUCAGAACAGCAAAAAGAAAAACAUGUGAGUAGAAGACGAAGGCCAGCUGCCGAGUUAUUGCAGUCUUACUGGCGAAAGUAUGCUGCCGAUAAUGAUAUUGAAUGUACUUGGCAACCAUACCUACAAGGAAUGGAGAAGAACUAUGAGAUUAUGAAAAAAAAAUAUGAAGAGAAAUUUUCAGCUUUCAAGGAAGAAAAGUUUUCACUGCUUGAUGAUCAUGUGGAAAAGAUACACACAUUUUGGUUCCCAAGAAAAUCAUUAACUGUUGCUGAAAAAAAUGCCAUUCGUUUUAUCAGGUAUCUUAAAUGGGUAACUGCAUCUCGAAAGUUUAAGCAGGCAAGACGACCUUAUGACGAAAGAGAUAUUUUAGCAUCAUUUUCCUCAUCUCAAGUUGAGAUACUGGCAAAACUGAAAGAAAUAAACAAGGAAAUUCAAUCACAGGCAAAAGAAAAUGAACUUCAAUUUAUGAAGAUUUUAAAUCUGGAAAAAGAGGUGAAGAAAACUAAUAAACUAUUGAGGCAACUGUUUGAAGAAGAUCAAGAUAUUUCCGAUGACAUCUAUAAUUUGCAAAGAAACGAGAGUUUAAUAAAUUACAGAAUGAAAUAUAAAUCUUCCGUAGAUAGAGACUUCUACUUUUCCCAAAUUUCAGAAGGAAACCUUCUGCAGAAAGAAAAUCCUAGAAAAGAUUCAAUUAAAAAUGAAGUCAAUUUUUUAAGUUCAAUAAAACAAAAAAAAUGUAGUUAUGAAGAAAGAGACGAAAAUGAAUUACACGAAAUUUACGUACGAUCACUUAGAACUAUGUUAAGAAACUUUCAACUUGAAACCAUAGAAACAAAAAGCAUUAAAAAUAAUUAGUAAUGACAAUAAUUGUUUAAAGCAAAGAUUUGUACAAACAAUCUGUUUUGUUCUUUGGCAAUUUUUGUUUUAACUAGCUGCUGAAAUAAUUUUUAUUAUUUU